CUCUCAGAUUGUGCAAGAGCAAGUUGGCCUGUGUUUAAUUAAAUCCACAUUGCGGAACAGUUUAAAUAUCUGGCGGUGUCUCUGCAGACGAGCAGUGAAGAUAGUGACAUCGUGUCGGUCAUCUCGCAGCAAUGGCAGAACUUAAGUACAUGCCUGGGUUUGGCAACGAGUUUUCAUCUGAAGAUCCACGAUGCCCAGGGGCAUUACCUGAAGGACAGAACAAUCCUCAGGUGUGUCCAUACGGUCUGUACGCGGAGCAGUUAUCCGGAACAGCCUUUACCUGUCCUCGAUCUUCUAACAAGCGAAGCUGGCUGUAUCGUAUUUUGCCAUCUGUUCUUCACAAACCAUUUCAAGCCUUUGAGCAGAAAAAUCUGACCCAAAACUGGGAUGAAGUGGAACCGCACCCCAACCAACUCAGAUGGAAGCCAUUUGAGAUUCCCCGAGCUGAUGAGAAGAAGCUCGACUUUGUAACGGGAUUGCAGACAAUCUGUGGAGCUGGAGAUGCUCGCUCACGCAAUGGGAUCAGCAUCCAUAUUUACACAUGCAAUACCUCUAUGAUUAACAGGUGUCUUUAUAACUCUGAUGGGGAUUUUCUGAUUGUGCCUCAGAAAGGAAACCUUCUCAUCCUUACCGAGUUUGGGAAGAUUUUGGUGGAACCCAAUGAGAUCUGUGUGAUACAGCAAGGAAUGCGUUUUAGUGUGGAGGUUUUUGGGGAGACCCGAGGCUAUGUUCUGGAGGUGUAUGGAGUCCACUUCGAGUUGCCAGACCUGGGGCCGAUUGGGGCCAACGGGCUGGCUAAUCCCCGGGAUUUCCUUACCCCUGUGGCGUGGUAUGAAGAAAGGACUGUACCCAGUGGCUACUCUGUGAUCAGCAAAUACCAGGGCAAGCUGUUUGUAGCCCUUCAGGAUUUCUCCCCAUUUAACGUGGUUGCCUGGCAUGGAAACUACGCUCCUUACAAGUAUAAUCUGGAUAACUUCAUGGUGAUUAACUGUGUGGCGUUUGAUCAUGCGGACCCCUCAAUCUUCACGGUGCUCACAGCAAAGUCCAUGCGCCCUGGUGUAGCCAUUGCUGACUUUGCUAUCUUCCCUCCACGUUGGGGAGUAGCGAAUAACACAUUCCGGCCUCCUUAUUACCACAGAAACUGUAUGAGUGAAUUUAUGGGGCUCAUAAAAGGUCACUAUGAAGCCAAGGAAGAGGGGUUCGAGCCGGGGGGCAGCACCCUGCACAGCGCAAUGACCCCGCAUGGGCCGGACAUGGAAUGCUUCGAGAAAGCUAGCACAGUUAAAUUGAAGCCUGAGAGAGUGGGCGAAGGGACCAUGGCCUUCAUGUUUGAGUCUUCACUGAGUAUGGCUGUGACCAAGUGGGGACUACAGACCUGUAACCGUUUGGACAAGGAUUACCACCAUUGCUGGGAAACACUCAAGAGCCAUUUCCACCCGGACCAAAAGCAGACCUGUUUGUGAAGCCCAUUACAACAUGUCGCUCUCAUA